UAGAAGGUCGUGUCUCGUCUGAGCUCGCUCGGAGAAGCGGCUAGCUUGACACUGACAGUAGCGGCGGCUAACGUUAGCAACCCGGCGACUCUUUCGCUCGCGUCACCGCAAACAUGCAGGAAUGGGCCAACCAGCUAUGCGAGAACCGACAGUUUGGAUCCAAGAUGACAGACUCAAAAUAUUUUACUACCACCAAAAAAGGUGAAAUCUUUGAGCUCAAGGCUGAGCUGAACAGUGAUAAAAAAGAGAAAAAGAAGGAGGCGGUGAAGAAAGUGAUUGCAUCCAUGACUGUCGGCAAGGACGUCAGUGCCCUCUUUCCAGAUGUCGUGAACUGCAUGCAGACGGACAACCUGGAACUGAAAAAGCUCGUCUACCUCUAUCUGAUGAACUAUGCCAAGAGUCAGCCAGACAUGGCCAUCAUGGCCGUCAACACUUUUGUGAAGGACUGUGAAGACCCAAAUCCUCUAAUCCGGGCCCUCGCCGUUCGCACCAUGGGCUGCAUCCGCGUGGACAAGAUCACGGAGUACCUGUGCGAGCCUCUGCGGAAGUGCUUAAAGGACGAGGACCCCUACGUGAGAAAGACCGCAGCCGUGUGUGUUGCCAAGCUCCAUGAUAUCAACGCACAGUUGGUGGAGGAUCAAGGCUUCCUGGACACCCUCAAAGACCUCAUCUCUGACUCGAACCCCAUGGUGGUCGCAAACGCUGUGGCAGCGCUGUCGGAGAUUGCAGAGUCUCAUCCCAACAGCAAUCUUCUGGACUUGAACCCUCAGACCAUCAACAAGCUACUGACAGCGCUUAAUGAAUGUACAGAGUGGGGACAGAUCUUCAUCCUGGACUGCCUGGCCAAUUACACACCUCGAGAUGACCGCGAGUCUCAAAGCAUCUGCGAGCGUGUCACCCCGCGGCUCUCCCACGCAAACUCCGCCGUGGUGUUGUCAGCUGUGAAAGUUCUCAUGAAGUUCAUGGAGAUGUUACCUAAAGACCUGGACUACUACGGAACCCUGCUGAAGAAGCUGGCCCCGCCACUGGUCACUCUCCUUUCUGCUGAGCCCGAGUUGCAAUAUGUAGCACUGAGAAACAUCAAUCUCAUUGUGCAAAGACGACCGGAGAUCCUAAAACACGAGAUGAAGGUUUUCUUUGUGAAGUACAAUGACCCAAUUUAUGUCAAACUGGAGAAACUGGACAUCAUGAUCCGCUUGGCGUCCCAAGCUAACAUCGCCCAGGUGCUGGCUGAGUUGAAGGAAUAUGCCACUGAAGUGGAUGUGGACUUUGUCCGCAAAGCCGUCCGGGCCAUCGGACGCUGUGCCAUUAAAGUAGAGCAAUCUGCAGAGCGCUGUGUCAGCACACUGCUUGAUCUCAUCCAGACAAAGGUCAACUAUGUUGUCCAGGAGGCCAUUGUGGUCAUCAAGGACAUCUUUCGCAAGUACCCCAACAAAUACGAGAGCGUGAUUGCCACUUUGUGUGAAAACCUGGACUCGUUAGACGAGCCGGAGGCUCGCGCAGCCAUGAUUUGGAUUGUGGGGGAGUAUGCCGAGCGCAUCGACAACGCCGAUGAGCUAUUGGAAAGCUUUUUGGAGGGUUUCCACGAUGAAAGCACUCAGGUGCAGUUGCAACUUUUAACCGCCAUUGUUAAGUUGUUCCUCAAGAAGCCGACGGAGACCCAAGAGCUAGUGCAGCAGGUCCUCAGUUUGGCAACUCAGGACUCUGAUAAUCCAGACCUGAGGGAUCGCGGCUACAUCUACUGGCGUCUGCUCUCUACUGACCCAGUGGCCGCUAAGGAGGUGGUUCUGGCCGAGAAGCCUCUGAUCUCAGAGGAGACCGACUUGAUUGAGCCCACGCUGCUCGAGGAGCUCAUAUGCCACAUUGGCACUUUGGCCUCCGUCUAUCACAAGCCGCCCAGCGCCUUUGUGGAGGGCAGCCGUGGCGUUCAGCACAAGAGACUCCCCGGCGGUGCUGGAUCUGGGGAAAGCGUCGAGAGCCCGGAACCGGGUUCUUCUGCCGUCACUUCUGAGCCGCCCCCUGCUGUCAUCCCAUCCCAAGACCUUCUGGGUGACCUGCUCAAUCUGGACCUGACACCCACAUCCGCAACUGGACCACCGCCCCCCUCCUCCACCAUGCAGAUGGGGGCCAUGGACCUUCUUGGAGGAGGACUGGAUAGCCUGCUGGGCGGAGACCUUGGAGGAAGUCCUGCCAUGACAGCUGGCUUCGGCGCACCCCCCGCUGCCGUGCCACCUUCGUUCACCGCCCCUGUAAGCGGCGGUCUGGACGACUUGUUUGACCUUGGCGGUGGAGUUGGUAUGCCGAUGGGAUCUUACGUGGCUCCCAAAACACUUUGGCUUCCUGCUAUGAAGGCCAAAGGUCUGGAGAUUUCAGGCACGUUUGGUCGUCGAGCUGGGGUCGUUCAAAUGGAGAUGACCCUCACAAACAAAGCAAUGAGUGUUAUGACUGAUUUUGCCAUACAGUUCAACAGAAACAGUUUUGGUUUGGCUCCUGCCGGUCCUCUCCAGGUUCUCACCCCAGUUAGCCCAAACCAGAGUAUCGAAGCAGUCCUUCCUCUCAAUACUGUGGGACCUGUCAUGAAGAUGGAGCCUCUCAAUAACUUGCAGGUGGCCGUUAAGAACAACAUUGACGUCUUCUACUUCAGCUGCCAGUACCCCAUCAGCAUGCUCUUCGUAGAGGACGGAAAGAUGGAGCGACAAGUCUUCCUUGCCACGUGGAAAGACAUUCCGAAUGAAAAUGAGUCCAAGUUCCAGCUCAACGACUGCCAUCUUAACUCAGAUGCCGCCUCGAGCAAACUGCACAGCAGCAACAUCUUCACCAUAGCCAAGCGAACUGUGGAGGGUCAGGAUAUGCUGUACCAGUCCAUGAAACUCACCAAUGGAAUUUGGGUGCUCGCCGAGCUCAGGGCCCAGGCAGGAAACCCCAACUACACGGUCUCCCUGAGAUGCAGAGCCCCCGAAGUUUCCCAGUGUGUGUUCCAGAGCUACGAGGCGGUGCUCAAGAACUGAGAGAGGGAGUUGUGGGGAGCGGGGGUUGGGGGGGGGGGAACCAAAUAAGACACUGACCGGCCAGACGCCGCCGUCUGCUUCUCCUGCCCGUGGACCAGGUCUCAGUCGUGGAGUGCGGGACGCACCGGUUGCUCCAAAACGUCCUUCAACCAGCUUCUCUUAUUUGUUCCUUUCGUCAUCCGUUGCUUCAUUUCGAAUCGUUUCGGUCCUAAUUGAGUUUGUACAAGUCGUUAACUGCCCUCAAAUAAUCCAAAAUGUGCAAGUCCAGCUCGGUUCUACCGGAGUCAUCAUCUUAGAGACCCGAUAGUACGCUUCCAUGGGUCGGUUCUUGCAGUCACAUCCACAGUCUUGAUUUAUUUAGUUUGCCAUCUACUGAAAUGCCGCCAUCCAAGUACGUGUAUGUGAGCUUGCAGGCAGGGUGUGUUGGAUUCAUAAUUGUUUAUCUUUCAUUUUGACACCUAUAUCUGGACUUCUUUUUGACCGAAACAGACCCCCCCUUACCCCCCGCGCCCGAUCGUAGUCGUUACUUUCUUGAGUUUUUGCAUUUUGCAUCAGCGCAGCGGCACAACGUGUCCAGCCGAAGAGGACCGUAAAAUGGCGACGCAGCAGUUGGUAACACUGAAGUAAUCAACGCGCAUGUUUGUAUGACGGGUUAGAACGGCGGUCUCGCCUUCUUACUCUGAAGAUUAAUUUGAUUUUUUUUUUUUUUUUCCCCAAAACAGUCACUGCACCGAUGCGCUUUUCAUCAGCUCGGCUGGGUCUCAGCAACUUGUCACCUUUUAUAUCGAUUGAUUCGCAGGUGGCGGUGUGUUGCCAGUGUUUUGGGUAGGAGGGGACUAUAUGGAAUCAUUUUUUUUUCUCGAUUGUCCUUUGUGUGUAUAGCAUCAAAAAAAGAGAAAUAUUAAAGUUCUUGAUCAA